AUGGGCGUAUGGAAUGUUGGUGUGACGACUGCAACGAAGCUGCAUCGUGCUGUAGAAUUGAAAGCAGAAUUUCUCAAUUUAAAGAAGGAAAAAGUGCUUUAUUAUCUCGUUCUUCGAAGAAAAAACGCAUCUUUUGUGACAAAGAAGGCACCGAGAAACUACUAAGAAGAUUAUAAGGCCAGUAGACCGGCGUUAAACAGUUUGUACAAAGAUGGCUCCGAUUCCGCCAUGUUUAAUUCCUCGCAAAGACCAAGAAUUAGAAACUUUUGCGAAUAUCCCGUUUGAAACAGACGUGGUUUGUACAAAAUCUACCCAUUUUCAGGAAGAACCGUUCAAAAAUGUGCAGAGUUCGAGAUUUAUGAGAGUCAGCUCCCUUAGCUCCGAAGAAGAGAGCUUUCAACUGCUCGGCGAGCGUGAGGAAUGUUUUCAUUCACUGGUUUCCGUGAUGAAGACUUCAGUCUCCUCAUUCACCGUUUGCAACAAUGCAAAAACACUUAACACAGAGGUUUCUUGGCCAGGUGUAAGCUGUGGCUUGGAUGAAGACGAAAGUCGAAAGAAAGCGAAAAGCAAGGUCGCCUUGGAAGUGGAAUUUGUAAAGAAAACUGCGGUUGAAAACGACGAUUCAAGCACGUCGGAAAACUUCGGCAGCUUUUCGUUGUUUGAGUACGAGAAGUUUACAGUUAAAAGAAGCUCACAAAUUCAACUAAAGAACGAGAAAUGUGGUAAGUAUUUUCUGGUACAAUUUAUCGCUUCUCAAGAAGACGAAAGAAAGGCGAAGAGAGUAAACAAACAAGACGUGGGUGUGAUCGCGAGAGCAUGCGUUCACCGAGGUUCAAAGGUCGAUCCGAGUGUUUCUUAAUCUUUUUCCAGGUUGAUUACCUUGCCUGUGUAAAUUUUAGCCAUUUCAAGCUGAAAGAGUCUGUGCGGGUGCGCGUUUACCAAGUUUAAGGCUUAAAAUAACAGUUUUUUCGGCCUUUUUGUGAAUUUGCAUUAUUAAUUUGGUGACACUAUUUCUUUUCUAAUCACGUGAUUGUAAGUCUUGGGGGUCUGGAAAGGAGGAAGCGUUGCAAAUUUUUAUGGCUGCAUUUUUUUGUCUGGGAACUAGUUUCUCUUUUGACACGAAGACGUAACCAGCAAUAAUAUCAUAAUGAAUUCCUUGUUAUUCACAAAUAAUAGACAUUGUUUAAAUUAUUCAUGUCGUCACUGACUCCUUGCUUUAUAAACAAAACCAUAUUUUGUUCACCAAAGGAAGCGAAGUUGAUGAUAUUGCAUGGCAUUUACACAUUAUAUUUUCUUUUUACCUUUUUUCACAAAAUUAUACUCUUGAAAAUGCAUCUUGAGAAGCAUUACUGAAAUGUUUUGGUCAUAUUUAUAACAUUUUCUUUUAUUUUCUUUUUUUUGUAGCAUUAAAAGCUAAAGAAAUCUUAAUUCAUGAUGGACCACUGGUAGUCCCAUAUUCUGUUCAAGAGACUCUUCCUAAACCAGAGAGUGUUCAGUGUCAACCUGAGAAGACUUUGCUCCGCGUGCAAGUUCCGCCUCCAUCACCCAGCAGUUCAGAGCUUACUCCAAGAGAAGACCCUGUAUCAACUGGUGAUGAAGAUUGUGCCCAUUCUUACGUUGAAGAAAUUAACCUUGAAAAUGACCAAUCCAUUGAAACAAAAAACAAACGGUUAUUCAGAAGGUUUGUAUGUUUAUUAUUGUAUUUUACUUUGUUGUUUACAAAAGUUUAAAAGUACAAAUUCUUAUGUGGCAGGUGCUGAAAAACUUAGAAGAUGGCUCUGAAUUGCAGUGAUAAGUAAUCCUUUAAGCCCUAAUAUUGACAAACAAAUUGUCCUAACUGGUCUCUAUAUAUUUCCAUAAAGAAUAAUUAAAGAGAAUUUGAUAAAAGAUCAAAGAAUUUUCCCUUGGGUGAUCUUUUUAUUACCUCUCAUGACUGUUUCUCUUGACUAUGGCUUGAUAUUGUGAGGAGAUGAUUGAUUUUGGUCUCUCUUGAAACUGGAGGGCCUUAAGGAUGUUUCAGUUCUUGCCAGCUAUUACAAAGUUGUACAGGAAACUAGUUCAGAAUCCCAUUCCUAAAACAAUCCCUUACAUGUGGUACAACAAUAAUAUUAUUACUCAGUGCAACACGGAACACAUCUCACAUGCUAACUCAAAUGUCCUGUCAGCUGGCUGGUUAACAGAUAAUGAAAUUUAAUUAUUUUUUCUGUUGUGUGUAUUUUCAGGCAUGCUGUCAAAAGAGUGAAAAGAAGUGUCUGGUGCAUAACAGAACCGGAACCUCCUGCAGUACAACCUAAACGAAAGAAAACCUGUAAAUCAGUAAAGCCAAGGAAGCAAAGGCAAACAAGGGGCUGUGUUCGCAACCAGUCUGUCCCUGAAGUCAGCAAUGUGGAUGAACCAGGCACGUUCCAAAAUGAGCAGCGAUCUUCAAAAAGGGCUAUAAAAAGAAAAGUUCCAAAUUCCCCAGCCAGGGGUGAACCUAAAGACUCAGGUGUGUACAGCAGUAGUGCUGGGAGUGCUUCUGCUGGAAGUGGCAGUGGCUCAGGCAGUAGCAGUGGGAGUUGUUCAGCUGGAAGUGGCAGUGGUGGAGGGUUCGGUGCACGUGGAAACGGGGGAGGUAAUGAUAAAGGUGACGAUGAUGACAAAGGAAAGAAAUAUCCAUGGUGGCAUCUUCCUGAUAGAGACAACGUUCCGGCUCCAGACAGUGAAAAGGAAAAGAAAAGAGAAGACAGCGGAUGCAAGGAGAAGAUGGAAGUAGACAUGUCUGGCUUUCAGAAUUUCCUACCGAGCAAAGUAGACAAUCCUGAGCAAUGCCAUGGCCCUGGCUGGGGAGGAGUAGCCACUCCAAAACAGAAGGUAAAGUACCUUCUUACUCUCAGCUCAUUUCUACCUUUAAGUGCUGUGCUGAACAACAAAAAACUUCAGUGGUGUGGUCUCUCCUUUUGCAAGACAGUUUCAUUUUACUGAGAACUAACAAAUCUUGUGGCCUCUCUUGUCCAUCAAUAUUAUUGUCAUCAUUCAGUGAUUAGUGACAUUUCUCUUAAGUGAAGUUUUAAGGUCGAUUUUUAAAUGAAGUUUAACUUAGGUCAUGGUUUAAGAAAUCAUUGAACCUGCAGAGCUCUUUCUUAGUGAGUUAAUUUAAGAAAUUAACUGCUUUUCCAGUCUAUGCUAUAUGCUUUAUAGAAAUAGGCCACUAAUCACUUGCACUAAAAGGUCAUGUGACCAAUGCUUCCUUUAAACAAUGAGUUUGAAUCUUGCUGAUGCCAAAAAUUGACAGAGCACCAAAAAUUAUCUUACACCCCAAAUUUGAGAGGAUGCAUAUUUAAGGGAGAUAUUUUAUGCAGCAUGCAAAGAAAGUGGUGUCCGAUAGCCUGGGGCUAGUGGAUUUUGCUAUCGGGCUAGUGAAUUCUAUUCUUAACUUGCCUGAUGGGCAAGUGAUUUUUUGAGGGAAAUUCAAAUUACAGAAGAACUGUAAUCAAUCCUGCUCAUCAAAUCUUUUUCAGGCUAGUUGAAAUGACUUUCGGGCUAGUACAUGCUAGCUACAGCUUGCCCGAAUGGCAAGCUGUAGAACUGACUUUCUUUGCACCCUUGGCACUUAAAUUUUUCAACAAAGUAGUAUGAUUUGUAUUGUCAGCCAUGUUGGAGGGCCAGCCAAAAGUACUUUUUAGUUAUAUCUUGUUAAACGUUUGAUAGUUGCACUCAGAUGUGCUGUAAAUGUUACUACAUCAUAUUUUCAACAUUUUCGUUGAGGUUUAAGUGCAAAAUUUGUGUUCAGAAAGAGGUAAUUCAUAAUUUUAAAAAUCACAUUUUGGUCAUGUAACCAGCUAAGAACUUACUCAUUUUAAGAAAAUGGUGUGGGUUUAAAAAACCAAAUCACUAUUAUUUUGUUUAGGAUAUGACCCACUAAUCAUUUUUCGAAGCGAAAAUCAUAUGACUUUCAUUUUCAUGAAAACUGUCACAUGACCUCUUAGUGCAAAUGUCCUAUUGUUCAUGAUCAAUGGCGUUUAGAUAAAAGUGUGGGGCAAGUGGAAAAUGGCUUGGGGAUGUGGUUUUGUUAAACAAAGGCUAAAUACCAUAAUUGGCCCUUAUAUUGUUUUUGUUUUUUUGGAAGUACAUCCUAGAAUGCCUUUUAACCAAGGAACAUGUGUGGGUAAAUGUCUGUAAUCAAGCUGUUGAUAUCAGAGUGUUACAAAUAAGGAAAUACUUUGAUACUUGACUAUAUAAUUUUUUGCAUCUGCAGCUUAUGUUUUUUCCACAAGACAUCCAGCAUACUUCUUAUUGUUCAAAGACUGAGUGCCCAAAUGUGAAAUGCAAACCUGUAAGUUUUAACAAUCAUGUCACUGUUGCAUAUAACUGUUCUAGCACUUUUGGUUCUCUUUUUCUUAUCGGUGCAUGUUUUUGUUUGUGGUUUUAACUGCCACAUUGUUGUAUAAUCUCUCCGAUAGAUGAAGGCAGAUAUCAUUCACAUGAAAGCUCACAAAGGAUGGAACCAAGAUUGCCCUCAGUGUGUGAAUACAUAUGGUGUUGUCCAACAGCAUGCAAAAUUUUGCCGCAGAGACGGAUGUCGUGUACCAGAGUGUGACAACGCCAGGUAACAACACUUUUCUUGAAGUCCUCAUCUAUUAUAAUUCUUUCCUGCCAAUAAUAUAGAGACAGCCUCUUGACUUCUUUUAGUUUUCCUUCACCCACCUACAAAGGGCUGUUGUUAAAGAGCUGGUGCUAUUUUGUUGCAUUUGUCAACCACUUCAACUAGACACAUGUUGUGUGAAAACGAAGGAGAGACCAAAACCUAGAAGUUGAGAAGCUAAACACAUAUGAUUGGGACAUCCUCCUCUAGGAGAAAUUAGGAAAGAGAAGUAGCAUAUUUCUGAGUUCAAUUUUUUAAAACAGAAAUGUUAUGAAGUUGGACAGUGGUUUGAAGUACUUGCUCGCCAAGUUUUGGGCUGAUAAAUUUUAAAUCAGACGUACAUUCACUUGUUGCAUACCAUUUUUAUGUCUCUAAGAAAGACUGUCUUUGUCACCUUAAAUUCUUGUGACAGAGAAGAGUAUUGUAAAUCGUGUUUUAAUUUUUCAAAGGAAUGGAAACGUGAACAAAGGCAAAGGGCAGCCUGUUCAACCCUUUCAGCCAGAGCGAGUACCAGUUCAAGUACCACGAUGGGAUGCAUGGGUACCCUCCAGGACCCUGUAUUGUACUCCACUGAUGGACAAACUUCAGAUUGAUGGCAAAGUUAUUUUCCGGGUAAUAAUUAUGUUAAAAAUGUUAUUGACAAUAUCAGUGCAACGUACAGGAAAAGAUACUCUCGGCAAAGUACAUUUCAAUAACAAUUAUGACAGGGGGUCAAGAAACCUGUUUUGGGGUCAAAAGGCUUAAACUAAAAUUUAUGAUGUUUUGAAUAGGUUUUACCAAUGUUGUGGUAACUUGCAAUAUCUGUGAAAUAACCAUACAGUGGAGCUUACUUCAAAGUAAUUGAGGGAGUUUGUGGAAUAAGUUGCUAUCUGACUUUGAUCUAGUGGUAAAUGUCCCCUUUUGAAUGUAGCAGUUAGCCAGUUUACCUUGAUUCCUGCCCCGCCUCCCCCCCCACCCCUCACUCCAUAAAAUUAAAUAUUUGUCGUGUAUGCAAUUAUCAUGGCCUUGACAAAAAAAGAUGUUCAAUGAGCUUUAAACACAGUAAAUACUAAAGAGUUUGGUGUUUGAUUCGAUCAGGUCAUUAAACUCAGCCUUUUGAUUUAUUUAAAUUGUCAUAAUUUGUAACUUGCUUUGUUCUUGUAAUUCUGUCCUCAGAACUCUACUCUUCUCCCUGUGAACUAUUUUUGUGAGCAUUGUGAUUAUAAUGUGAUCAGAAAGGAUAAACUGGGUGGUGGCAGCAAUGGUGCCAUUUUUCCAGUUUAUUUGCAAUCAGACAGGAGCUUGCAAAUGGUUGUUAAAGAGGUAGGUUGUUUCUUUGUAGCUGUCCAAAAAAUAUGGAAGCCAUGAUCAAAUGCAAGUGCUCUGAUAAAUUUUCAGUUUAUUUUUAACUGCUUGAGGGUUGUCAGAGUAAGGGGAAACACAUUUUUUGUGGUAAGAGAAAAAAAAUAAUUAAUUUUGGCAAAGCCCAUGGAAAAAAAAACAAAAAAUGGGGAAACUGAAAUUCAAGGUUGCUGCAGCGUUAAGUGAAGACUACAGACAAAUGGAUCAGAUCUUUUUUAAAGAAAUCUAGGUCUUGAUAAAUGUAAGAAUCUCCAGGCCAGUGAUAUUAAGCCUUUUUACAUUGACGUAGUUACAGUGUAGUACUAGGGUUUUGCAAAGUAUAUAGCAAAGUCCUUUUUUUAUAAGGCUUCAGCCUAAUAUUAGGGAUUGUGGGGACGUUCUUUUAUAUUAUUAUUUGAGAUGUUGCUUAGAUGUUAUUUCUAUUUUUAUUUUUGCUCAGACAAAUUAUUGCAUACCAAGGGAAGAAGUUGAAGUAUAUAAACUUUUGAGAGACCAUGAACACAUUGUGAAGCACUAUGGAGGGACAUUCAGAGGAAGUGAAGGAAAGGCUAGCAUUUUUAUGGAAAAGUGUGGUAUGUUGUUCUUUGAGUGGUGGCAUUCAUUGUUAGUGGUUAAUAUUUUAGCUUUUCCAUAGCAAACAUUUGAAGAGGAAAAUUCAAUUAUUAUUUUCGAAAAAGGUCUAUUUUAAGUCCUCUAAAAUGUUUCUGGGAUGAGCCAAAAAUUAAAUUGAUUUUGCUGUGGCUUGAACAGUGUCUACUUUUGAGUUUGUUUACAACUAAUGGUUAGAAGUAUUUAUUUUUGUGUCAUGAUUAUUUUUAUGCAAAUUUUUGGCUCUUUUAUGGCGAACUGUCUACCCGACUGAGACUUUCUUUUUAGCAGAAACAUUUUGUGUCCUACUACAGGAAAAAAAUACACUGGUACUAUCUCUCAUCUCUGCAUUUUACUGAUAAGCUUGGUCUUUCCUAAACUGCAUGUAUUUUCUUUUUUCAGAUGAGUGUCUGUUCUCUCGCAUGGAGAAGUUGGGUAGGCGACUUUUCCUUGGGGAGGCCAUGUUUUACUUCAAUCAAGUACUUCAUGCUGUGGACUAUUUACACACCCUGCCUACACCAGUGAUUCAUAAGGACAUAAAGGGUGAGAUUUGUUUCUGCAUUCAGGGAUCCAUAUUCUUUUUUUAUCAGAGUUGUCAGCCAGGCAAGUAAGCCUGAUGGCAUACUUCCCUGGUUACAAAUUUGGGUUGCCUGGACAAAAGGGCAGAAUUAUAGAGAGAAUGGUGAUUAUCGUAUGCAACUUGAGCAUUUAGGACUGAUUUGCAUUAUAUUUCCAUUCUAGUUAAGCCUACUGUGAAAGGGUUUUACUAAGAGCAACAUUCUGCUAAGGCAUAAAAACAAGCCAAGAGCCAUGAAUGCACGAAGGGGUACUCGUGUGUUUCCCCAUAUAAUGUAGUGGCUCCUGCUUCACUUUUUCUUUUUCGCUGGAGGCAGCAAAAUGCCUGCUAAAAACACCACGUCUUGAUGAGUUCAGUGCUUCACAAAAUGAAAAAUGCCAGAGGUUGACAACAUUAAAAUUGAGACUUCAACCAUUUCGUGGAAGUUACUGCUCCAUCAGCGAUUUUGUCAUAGGCAAAAUCAUGUUUUUUGUUACUCUCCGUUCUUAAAGUUUUAAAUGAAUGAGAAAUAAUCAGAACACAGGUAAUAUGAACAUCUAAAAUCAUAAAAGUAUUUUAAAAAAGAUUUUGUGGUUGAGAAAAACCUCACUCAUCCAAAGGACAACUUUUGGAGUUUUCUUGUCCAUAGGAGAUUGUAGUUGUCUGUGACAACUGGACAAAAGCGAAUAUGGAUCCCUGGCAUCUUGGCAAAGUUUAUUGUAUUAAAUUUAAAAGGAAGUACUGUCCUUGUGCACAGAUUUAUAUGAAAGUUUUUUUCAUCAGCCUUACUGUUUUAAGUUCACAGGUGUUUUCUUUGUGUUUAUCGAAGAGUAUGUUAUCAGUGGAGGUAGAUAAUAGCCUCCAAGAUCUGCAAAUUCUAAAUGUCAUCUACCAGCCAAAUUCAGUAAUCGCAGAGCUCUUGAAAACAAUUGCCUGUUUCUUGGCAUGGUUUCAGAAUAUCGGCAGAUUUUUUUUCUCUGGUAUAAUGUUCCCUUCUUACAAAUUUGGUCAGCGCCAAGAAUGGUGAAGAAUUAGCUGCAGGAUUCAAGCCCAGCAGAAAUUGCAAAAUAUUUUGAAUGGAUAAUAAUUUGGAUUAAAUGCUUAUUUGGUUUUUUUCCCUCUUUUUAUCAGCCAAGAAUGUGUUGUUAACUGAGGAGUACACCAGAGCCAAACUUGCUGAUUUUGACUCGGCAAAAAGACUUAGUGAUGAGUUCACAGAGGCAGGGCUUCAACCUUUGGGAACAAAGGGCUUUGCAUCCCCUGAGGUAAGCAUGCUAAUUAAUUUUAGUAAAUUUUCAUUUUGUUGCUGGUGUAAUAUUUUAUCCUUUUAGCAUAAGUUUUCAUGUCUCUCUGAGCUGAGAGUGAUAAGCCACUUUCGUAGAUGUAUUAAAGCUUUCACAUCCAACUUUGAAUACAAGAGAAGAGGGCUUUUAUUCAAUACAUUGCUGAGGUUGAAGGUCUUUUGAAUAUGCAUCAUGUACAUAUGUAGGGUGUUUAUAGGCAGAAUGAACCAUCUGAAGUUUCUAUGCAGUUUUCUUCUCCCUCAGGUAGGUUUGCAGAAGGUGACUCUGCAGAAAAUGAAUCCUAAACUGACUGAAACGUAUUUUUACUCAAAAAGACAGCAUCAAGAGGGAAGUCUGUUAAUGUUUUCCUGGACAUCUAUUUGCAGGUUUUGGGAAGAAAGCCUCAUGGCAGACCAGCUGAUGUCUAUAGUUUGGGAUGCUUCUUGAUUGAACUUUUAGUGGGGGUACCAAGCCGAGAUACAUUGUGGGAACAGGUACACAUUAACAGGCUAUGUAGUAUCACUAUUGUUAAUCUAGUUUUAUUGAAUGCCUUGAUAUCUUGUUGGGCAUGUAGGAAAUACGGUAUUUUUUUGGUUAUAAGGCAUACUCAGUUAUAAGAUGCACCCCAAACUUUUCAAUGCCAUUUUUCUAAGCUAGCAAACUGAAAAUUAAGUCAAAGUACCUGGUAUGAGCUGCAGCCAUGAUUUUUGGCGAUGUUCGCCUUAACUACAACAACAUGCUUUUCAACGUCACUGAUUACGCAACAAAGGUUGCAUAUUUCAAUCAAAAGCAAUCAAAUCUCACCUUACUUAAUGAAUCUUGUUUUUUCCAUAAACAAGUCAGCUGUCUUGGUUGCGGCAUAUUGACAUGGGUACAUGCAUCGGUAGUAUUAAGAUAAAAUUGAUCGUGUAAUACAUGAGCCUGAAUAUUUUGUUAAUUAACUGGCAAACCUGGUAAAAUUAAGCCCUUGUUUAUCAAAACAACUGUGCUGAAAGAGCUCUCGCAAUUCAACUAACAGAUUUGGAAGCCUUCUCCGGAAAAUAUAGGUCAGAGACAAGCACAAGAUCACAGUGUAGAAAUGACUGUAAACAAAACGCCAUCUUGGAUCAAGCACGUGCUCAAAAAUUCGCCUGGUUACCAAGCAUCAACCCUUAGCUCAAAACGAGUGGUGGCAGAUGAUUUGUUUUGUAGGCAAAAUGAUUCAUUGCUUAAUGCCAAUUUUAGAAGAUGUAAAAGUCAUUGAAAACCAAUAAAAAAGAAGAGGAUGACCAGCUAGAGUUUUAGAGUAAAAACUUGACGUAAUUUUGUUUUCUUGCUCAAAGAUACUCGGUUAUAAGAUGUACCCUGAAAUUACAUUAUUUAGAGCUAUCAAGCAAACUUUCAUUGAAAAAAUGCUGUGCCCUAUAAGCAAAAUAAUAUGGUAACAAUUAUUAUAAUACUGUUAGACUCUAUAAUAUAAAGAGGUAUAAGAUCAUUGUUGUGGAACAGCUGUGAUGUUUGAACCAAAAUCAACACAUUGAUCACCAACGACUUAAUAUGGGAGACUGAAGAAAUUCUAAACAUCACCCAAAUCAUGACACCAUAGCCAAACAAUGAUAGUUUCCUCAGUUGACACCCAUUUAUUGCCAGUGUGUGGUUGUUGAUGCAUAACAAAAGCUACUGUGGAAGCCUGAUUUAAAAAUGCUAAGGGGCUGGGAAGAUACAGUAAAUUUCAUUAUAUCAAAGUAAUUUUCAAUACAGUUUAUUAUUUGUAGUAGCAAGGUUUUAUAUAGGUAGAAUUGAUUGUAAAGUCUGUUGUGUUUGUUCUCUUGUUGAAACAGAUCGACAAGUUACGUGAAUUAGACUAUGAGUUGGCUCAGUUGGUUGAAGAGUGUGUUCAGGUGAGUGAACAGUUCUGUCCACUAGUAAGAUUUAACCUACAAAGUAUAUUAUGGUCAGCAACUUAAGACGAUAAAAUAAUGCACAUAAAUAUUUCUGGGCAAAGGAAAAAAUCGUAGAUUCCAGGACAAGAUUUGAACCUGUGACUUGCCAAACAUCAUGCAAGGAUGUGCUCUAUUCACUGAGCUACAGUGAGUCUCAAGAGGAGCAAGGCUAUUCACAAGGUCCAUUGAUUAAUUUUUUUGACAUGUCUUUGUUGUUAUCACACAGGAGUGCCCAGAAGAUCGUCCUACUGUUCGAGCCUUGCUGGAAAAGCCAGUUGUCAAGAAGUAUACCAGGUAA